UUGAUCCAACGGAUAUGAGCACUCUAUCAAAACAGCAUAUAAUAUAAACCCUAAUUCCCACUCUUAUAGUUCCCUCUUCGCCUCUCUAUCAGCUCCAACACUCCCACACACUAACAUCAAAAAUGCCGUUCAAGAGGUACGUUGAGAUCGGGAGAGUGGCUCUCGUUAACUAUGGGAAAGACUACGGCAAGUUGGUUGUCAUCGUUGAUGUCGUCGACCAGAGUAGAGCACUUGUUGAUGCCCCAGAUAUGAUGAGAGGCCAAAUGAACUUCAAGAGGCUUACGUUGACUGAUAUCACUAUCGACAUUCCCCGUGUUCCAAAGAAGAGGACAUUGAUUGAAGCUAUGGAGAAGGCUGAUGUCAAGACCAAAUGGGAAAAUAGCUCAUGGGGUAGAAAGCUGAUUGUCCAGAAGAGAAGGGCAUCUCUCAAUGACUUUGAUAGGUUCAAGCAAAUGUUGGCUAAGAUCAGGAGGGCCGGAGUCGUUAGGCAAGAGCUUGCUAAGCUGAAAAAGGAGAAUGUAUCUUGAAUUGAUAUUGAAUCAUGGAUUUUUCUAUUUUUGUCAUCUACAUUCUGCAGCUUCUUUUCAUGUUUUUCUUUAUAGCUA